GCUUUCAUGGAAUCUGAAACGAAUAUAACUUAUAUAACAAUUGGAGGUUAUGUGGACUUGCCCAAAUACAGAUAUGUCUACUUUGUAGGCAUAUUUAUUGUGUAUAUUUCAAUACUUUUAUGUAAUUUUACUGUUGUGUACCUGAUUUGCAAACAUAAGAACCUCCAUGAGCCCAUGUAUAUUUUCAUUGCAGCAUUACUUGUGAACACGGUGGUUUACAGCACCAACAUUUACCCAAAGUUAUUAAGUGACAUUUUAUCCUCAAAUCUAGUGGUACCUUACUCUGGAUGUCUUCUUCAGUUUUUCAUAUUUUACACUUUAGCCUGUUCAGAGUUCCUGCUGUUGACGGUCAUGUCUUAUGACCGAUAUGUGUCUAUAUGUGAGCCUCUGCAAUACCAGACCGUCAUGAAAACCAGCAGAGUGUGUCUGUUUCUGGGCUUCGCCUGGACGGUCCCGGCCUUGCUGAUGAUGGUUCCGGUGGUUCUGAGUGCCGAUAUGAAGCUGUGUCAGUUCACUCUCAACUCGGUGAUCUGUAACAAUGCCAUGUACAGUCUGCACUGCCAGGGUUCCACUGCUCGCUCCGUCUUUGGUGCCACCGCCCUGGUGCUGACGGUCCUUUUCCCUGUGUUGUUCAUAGUCUUCACUUACUCCAGGAUUCUGGUGAUAUCCUACAGGAGCUGUAAGGAAGUCAGGAGAAAGGCUGCUCAGACCUGUCUGCCGCACCUGCUGGUUUUAAUCAGUUUCUCCAUUCUGUGUUCGUAUGAUGUUAUUACAGCUCGACUCGGGUCCCAGCUGUCAAAAACUGUGCGCCUGUUAAUGACAAUGCAGGCAUUUUUGUACCAUCCACUCUUCAAUCCAUUGAUUUACGGUUUAAAGAUGUCAGAAAUAUCAAAACACCUGAAGCGGCUGUUGUGUCGAGCCAAGGUGAACUGA